UUUUGUUUAUUUUUUUACUGAGCGUUAAACUAAUUAUAAGCACUUUUACCAACCAACUUUAAUAUGUAAAGUAUACGGGCGGUCGCUUUGUUUGGCCUCCAGUCAAAUCAGCUGGUCGAUUUUUGACCGUCACUGACGACUGUGAAAACAGCCUAUAGACAGAGUUGACUGGAUGUUCAUGAGCGCGCCUAUAUUGACUGUAACCAGAAGCACGUCGUCAGUUUCAGGGGGGAACGAUUAACGGUUGGCGUCCGUUCCAGUGUUAUUUCACAAAUAUUUAUAUGACAUCUGCAUAGUUUCAUUAAGACAAACUAACGUUUUCAUUUAAUUGAUUGUUAAUACAUUUGCACUGAAAAAAGUCAUUUUUUUCACUGGUAAACUUUUAAUUUUUAUCGAAAAUAUGAUACGUGAGGUGAACGGUUGAUAUCUUGUUGGUUAUGUUUUAUGUACACCGACCUUUAUGGAAGUGAGUCCAAACAAAUAAAUUACAAUUGUGCAUAAUAACAUUACAACUAUUUAAAAAAUGUUCCAUACAUAUGCUAAACGCUCAUUCCUACAUCUGUAAUUGUGACUUUGCAUCGUGUAAACCAAUGUGUUCUACAAAUUUCUUUUUUGAAAGUAUAAAAACUACAGUAAAUAACAAGCAUUUUUAUUUUCUGUGGUGAUUUAAAGUUACUUUGAGCAAUGGAUUCUGGUGAAGUGCCAUCAAAAAGUACUUUGGAAUCUACCCUUGAUAGUGAAAUAGAUGCUUUAUCCAAAAUUAUUACAAACACAAGCAGUCAUGUUGAUACUAGAAAAAGUGACUUACAAAAUUCACCCCCUAAAGAUGAUUUUAAAAAAUUAGAUAAUUCUGCAGCAAUGGAUAAACUUGAAGAUGAAUCAAAUUUCCCUCAAAACAGGGAAUUGGAAAGUAGUGAUAAAACUCAUCAGUUCAAUAUGUCUGUAAAAUCAUCUGAACUGUCCAAUGAAUUAAGUAGUAGUCAUGAAAAUAAAACUAAAACUGUACAUAGUAGUUUAGCCAUGUUAAGUGAAGCAUAUUGUUCUCAAGAUUCGCAUGAUUCUUCAGAAUCUAAUUCGGAUGAGACCCCAGAAAUUUCUAAACCUGUAAAAAGCAAUGAAGAUAUUACAAAAAGAAAUUUUGCUGAUUUUAGUUCCGAUAAACAGACAGAACCUCAAUCUCCUGAAGUUUAUAGACAAGUAGACUUUGAGACAGCAAUAACAAAAGAUCCUGUAGUAGAAGAAAAUAAUGAAAUCACAAAUAAUGAAUUGUCUCAUGAACAUGAAGAAAUGCAAAAAAAUCACGAUCAACCGAAUGUAAAUUUGAUUACGGAUAGCACUGAUCAUAUCUUAAAAAAUAACGAGAAAAAUAUUCAUAAUCCGAUAGGCAAGAGUAUUGAUAAUGAGUUAAAAGAAACUAUAAAAACACCUGCUGCUUCAAUAGAUGAAGAAGAUAUUUUUGAUCAAAAUCUUGAGGAAUUUCCCCAAGAAUCAACAUCCGAUGUUAUAGAAUCAAAUUCAACAUUGGUUAAAGUGUCUAAAGAAUCUGAUGAAAAUGAAAAAAAUUUGAAUGCCAAUAGUUCCAAAGAAAAACAGCAAAACAAUGAAUCAGAAAACGUUCAUGCUGAAUCUGUAGAAAUAAAAGUUGAUGAGAUCAUCAAUAAUGCUAAAGAUUUGAAAACCGAUAAUUGUGCUGCUAUAUUAGAUGAACCAAUACCAGCAGAACAAAAUAAAGAUGAUGAUAGUUUUAAAACUGCAGAAGAAGAAUCAGCUGAUGAAAAUGCAGGCUCAUCUAUGCUCGAAAGUUCUGAAGAAGCUGAAACCAAAGAUAUGGAAGAAGCUGAACAAGAUAUUAAACAAUCUGAAGUAGAAAACCAUCAUCCAAAUAAUAUGCUGGCAAGUUUAGGAAACUUAGAGUCUUCUGAGAACGAAGAUGAAGCGAAAAAUGUAGUUGAAGUUAAUUUAUCUUUAGAACCAGAAGAAUACAGUUCACCUAUUGCACGAUCAUCUAUACCAGAAGAAGUAAUGUCAUAUGAUAAUUCAUCGAGUGGCUUGUUAAAAAGUGAUAGUUCAAGUGUUGUUUUAGAAAAUCCUGUUGAAAUGGAAACAGACUUGAGUCAAAAUUUUGAUUACAAUCAAAAACUUGAUGAUAUUGUAGGACAUGAACAAUUAGCCUCAAAUUCAUUGAGUUAUUCAGAAAAAAAUAUUGAUUCGGAACCAGACAGUUUAUCAAAAACCAAAGAAGUUACAAGUGAAACAAGUGAUAGUUUCGAUAAAGCAAAAACUCUUGAUGAAAAUUCUGAAAACUCCUCAGAUUCUAGUAUUCAGCCAAGUAAUUUAACAUCUGCAGAAGAAAAUUUGAAAAAUACAGAAAUUGAGUCUGUAAAUAGAGAUGGAAUAUCUAUUGUAUUUGAGGAAUCUAGUCAGUCACCGCCAAUGGAAAAUGAUGAAUCUAUUAAUGAAUUGUAUGAUCGUUGUGUUCCAAAUGAUGCAGUAGAAAUGAGUAAUGACCCUGUUAUCGAAAUGGAUGAAAAGAGCCAAGAAAAUUCAGAUCCUGUGAAUAAUGAUGAAAUUGAAAUGUCGGAUCAGUUUGAAAGUACAAUGUCUAACGUAGAAAAAGUAUCAGAAUUAGAAUCUGCCGUUGAUUGUUUGCAAGAAUCAGUAGAACAAAACUUGAAGACAAAUGAUAUGUUUAAAAUUGAUCAUUCCGUAGAGAGUUCAUUUGUUGAUAUUAAAGUAUCUGAUGAAAAUGUAAACAUAGAAGAUAUGGAUACAACAACAAACGAAAUUAUUUCAAAUUCGAUUGACACUUCGGAAGCAGAAAUAAUCUCAGAGGCUGCCAAAUUGGAAAGAGAACAUGAAAUAAAACUGGAGCUUAGGGAACAAUUUGAAAAAGCAGAUGAGGAAAACAAAAAUAUUAAUAUGGAUGAAGCUGCUUUAAAUCCCACCGAGGAGGAAAACGAAUUAAAAGAAGAAAAGUGUUUAGAGGGAAAGUUUCCGAGCUCCAUUCAAGAGAAAAAAUUUUUAGAAAGCUCAGAAGUAUCAAAUAAAAGUCCUUUACAAACUCAGCAAGAUUCAACAAUAGUAGUUUCAGAUGAAGAUGUUUCAAAGGCUUUCUCAGCUGCUGAUUCGAAAUUAUCCUCCGAAUCUGCUGCAUCUUCAGCACCAGAAGAUGAGCAACAAGCUAGUAGCGACGAGACUUCUGAAUCUUCUUCAUCUAGUACCAACGGAGUUAUCGAGUCCCGAAAGCAAACCCCAGAACCAGGAGAACUGCCGGAAAAACACAGCGGUGACAAGCAACAGCAACUCCAGUACGAAAACGUAGGAUCUCCUCGUAUUAUUUUGAAAAUUGCCAAAUCGGCGAUAACAGAUUGUUCAGAGCCGCGAUCGCCCAUGAGCCCCAAAAUUCGUUCGGCAACGAACUCACCAGCACCUGAGGAUCAAAAACUUGGAAAGAUUAAAUUAAAAUUAUCUAGAGGUGGUCAUCCUUCAAUUAUUCAAAGUAACGAAACUUCUGGCAUGGAGGACUGGCACACAGACAGUCCAUCUACUGGAAGUAAACGUAAACUUUGUCCCGAUGACGACGUACUGAAGCCCGAAACAUCGAUUGGUAUGAAGAUCAAACUGUCAAAAAGUGGCGAUGCAUCAAUAGUUCAACCGGAUACUUCCUCUACAAAAGAUGCAUCUCAGACCUACACGGAAUCAUUGGUACUGAAAAAACAAGACUCUCCUUCGAUCGGUAUGAAGAUAAAACUGUCUAAAUCUGGCGAUGCGUCCAUUGUACAGUCAGACGAACAAAAGGAAAGAUCUGCAGAAGAGACGCGCACAGAGUCGCCAAUUGGUAUGAAGAUAAAAUUAUCAAAAACUGGAGAUGCCUCAGUCGUAUUGGAUGACAUUUCUAAAACAACAGAAAUGGAACGAACCUCGUCACCAAUGGGUUCGGUCAAAAUAAAACUAUCUAAAACAAAGGACGGAAACGCAUCGAUAAUUUCAAACGAAACGGAAGAGCAGCCGUUAACUGAAAUUUCCAAAAAAGCCAAAGUUCACGAUACAAUGCAAGAACAUCUUGGCAUGAAGAUCAAACUCUCGAAAACAGGAGAUCCGUCUAUCGUGCAGGAGCACGUACUACAAAAACCGAAAGAAGAUGCUCAUAUAGAAAUGAAGAUAAAAUUAUCAAAAACUGGCCAUCCAACCAUUGUCAAUCCAUCAGAUAUUUCGGAAGAUGUUACGAUUAAAGCAUUACCAAGUCAAAUAAUAGAUAGGCCAGUGACUGAACUAUCUUACAAGCGCACUGAAGUUACGAUUUCCCCGAUCGAAUCGAAGAAAAUGAAAUUAGACCUUAAUCCAAUGCAACCUCCGUCCGACUUCACUAUUCAGCCAGUUCCAGUUCCACAGCCAAAAUUGAUGUUGGACUCUAAGAGUGGAAGCAUAAGCCGACAACAAAUGAAUGUUUUUAAUAGGGAAAUCAGUAUUACACCGGUAUCUGCUUAUGCUUCAGUGGAAAGCUCGAUGAGCGAGCGCUUGAAGAGUGCUUUGAACGCACCGACAGAAUCUUUGAAUACCGACUGUGAAAUCAUCGAACAUCAGGCUGAGCCAGAAUUAGUAUUAGUUAACGAAGAAUCUUGCUCGAGUCAAGAUGUCAUGAUAAUGGAGGACUUGCCUCCAGUUAAAAUACCGAAAAAGCGAGGUCGCCCGAGACGAAAUCCACUUCCCGCAGCCGCUGCCACUAUUGCUUCCGUGGCAACAGGUGGCUCAGAGCAUUUACAAGAUCCUUUGAAUUUGGAUCAAUCUGUAACGCCAAGCACACCCGGUGCUGCAGCAGAUAAUAGUGAAAGACCGAGAAGGACGUGUCGAGUGGAACGAAAAAGUUACGCGCCUCCCAAAAGAGGUGGUCGUGGACGCGGUCGAGGUAAACGAAAAAGCGAACCUCCAGCCCCGAAGAGAUCACGUAUCGAAAUUGAUUACCCAGAAAUUGAAGCUACAGAACCAAUUGUAACGUUGAAAAAAUUACCAAUAGAUCCUUCCGCUGGCACGCGACACAGUGCUUCCGAGUUGUUCCGUGCUCUUAAUCAACCCACUGUAGAACGAACGGCACCGCAUUUACGUGAGGUGGAAAUAAUUAAUUUAGCGAGAGUACCCACACCAACGCUAAAAAUUACACCUCCACAAGUCGACUUUCAACAAUUACCUAAAGAAAACGUCGAGACAGUAGAAGACCUGGAUACAGCGCCUUCUACACCUGUGGCUACCACUGAAAUAACACCUAUGGAAGUGGAUUCGAUGAAAUUAUCAAAAGCUGUCGUUGAGGAGGCUACAUCUACUUGCGGUAAAGAGAAUUGGCUCGCUCCCACUGAACCUGCUAUACGUGGACCAAGUGAACCUAUUGCAGCUGUGUUGGACGAGGAGACUAGAAUGAGUGCAGAGUGCGGUUCCCGAUCGCAUACACCAGCUCGAAACGUUCCCACAACAGGUAUGUCCGAACCAUUAGUGAACGAUGAAUCUCAAGGCAGCACCGCUACUACUGAGUCUGAAAAAAUUAAAGUACAGAGAACUCGCCGCAUGGAAAUCAAUUUCGAUCCAGAUGAGGGGCCAUUUACCGUUGAAAAAAUAGCCGAAUACGAAUGGCCGCGCCGCGAUGAGACAAAACCAAGCGGUGUUCGUGGUGAAACUUUCAUGAUUCAAGAGCAAAUAUCGCAAUAUCUUGGUGUUAAAAGCUUUAAACGAAAAUAUCCCGAUCUCAAGAGACGUAUGGUCGAUAUGGAAGAAAGAAACUAUCUUAGAGAACAUGGACUUGUUAGCGAGUCGAUGUGCGACAUGGGUUUGACAGCUGUUUCAAGCUCCGAAGUUUUGGACAUCAUGUGCACCGAUUUUCCUGAGCAGUAUGAAGAAUAUCGCAAAUAUACACGCGAAAAACAAGUCAAAGAACAUUCGAAAAAACAAAAGGAGCUCGCAGCUGCUGCCAAUGCCGAACGCAACCGAAUUGAUCUCGCUGAGAUGGCCAUGCAAUCUGCAAUUAAUUUCAACACUCGUCUGAACAAAUCACGACUUGAUUCUCGAACUUCAAGCCUCGAUCUUCAAACCUUUACCGUGCACAAACCGAAGAGACCAGUAAGAUAUGAUCCAGAAAGACGGUCGACAAAUCAUUAUCCUUGUUCUGUCAUACCAGGACAAUUUGCAGAGUUUUAUAGAGAGUAUAAUUCGAAUGAACUUAGAUACUUCCCUUUGAAUACAGUAAUGUAUGGACCGAUGAAACCCAACGAAAGACAGUUCGAUAGUCAGUCCGAUGGGUCUCAAAGUGAAAGCGAUAGUGAUUCUACAUCUGGUGAUUCUAGCUCUUCAUCAAGUGAUGAAGGACCAGAUUCAGAAGAAGCAGAAUCCCAAUCGACAAUGGGAGAAAUCGAUGUUAAUUCAGAUAUUAAAUGCAAAAUGUGUUCCAACCAUCUGAAUAAAUUAAACCAGGCUGAAAUUUUAAUAGCUUGUGGGAAGUGCAGUAAACAUGUGCAUCCCUCAUGCACGGAUUUGACCCUUGAUAUGGUACCCCAUAUCCGAACAUAUCCAUGGCAAUGUACAGACUGCAAGACAUGUGCUCAGUGUCACGAUCCUGCAGAUGAAGAUAAAAUGCUUUUUUGUGACAUGUGUGACAGAGGGUUCCACAUUUACUGCGUUGGUCUGAGAAGAGUACCCUCAGGAAGAUGGCAUUGUCAAGAAUGCGCAGUUUGCUCAAAUUGCAAUUCCAAAGAGCCUGGUGGCAUUAAUCACGAACGGAAUAGUGUCGCCCAGUGGCAGCACGAAUACAAAAAAGCAGCAAAUAACACCCAAAUAUAUAUUGGAACAUUUUGCGUGCCGUGUUCUAAAUUGCGUGGGACCCAUCCAUUGGAACACUGACAAGGAAAACUAUUUGGGGAAUCAGUUCUUCUAAUUAAAAAGUAGAAGAAAAUACUCUAGUUUCUAUAUAAAAAUUAAAAAUUAUAGGUUUCUUUUUUUAAAUAAUGUACAUUAAAAGCAAUUACAUUCACAUCUUGUAGAUGUCUAGUAAAAGUUAUUAAAAUCGAUCGAUACAUCGAUUACAAUGAUGAGGUUAAAAUGAAAUAAAAACGUUCAGCAAAUAUCAAUCAUAUAAAAUUAAGUAUCUGGAGCAAUGAGUGGAAAUGUUGAAUAUUGUUUUAAGGUUGUAAUAUGAACGAAUUAAACUAAAUGUAAAAUGAUUGUGUGUAGUUGGUUAAACUUCAAAUGACUAUGUGACUGAAUAAAUUGUGCACAAGUGACAUUAUAUGUUUGAAAGAGAGCAGAUGAAAAUGUAUCUCAAAAAAUAUUUGUUAACUACAUUAAUUGUACCUGUGACGCGUUGUACGUCAACAAAUUUUUUUGCGAAAUUUUUGUUAAUUUAAACAAUCAUGUAUCCUUAUAAUGUAUAUUAUAAAAUUAUGUAUAAUUGAUACUAAAAUAAUAAAUUGCAACAAUCAGCUUUAGGUUCAGUUUUUAA